CAGAUUAUCUGCAGGAAUUAUUUAUUUUUAAAAAAAAUUGCAGCUAAUAUGGCUGUGUCUUGUGCACUUAGCAUGAACUUUGGAGUUUUGUCAAGGGAACUUUUUUCACCUUUUCCACAAUAUCUCACUUCAACCUCAUUGAAAAGAAGGGGAAGUCAUUCCAAAGUUUCAGCAAAAUUAGGAGGAGGAGAGGGUGAUGUAAACAAAGAUGGGAAGAAGAAAUUCAUAACUAAAGAACAAGAACCUGAACAGUAUUGGCAAUCAGCAGGAGAAAGAGCAGGGGAGAACCCUAUGAUGACACCUCUUCCUUAUAUAAUCAUAUUUGGAAUGUCAACACCCUUUGUGAUCUUGGCAAUUGCUUUCGCAAAUGGUUGGAUAAAGGUUCCAAUAAGAUGAUUAAACUCUCAAUGCAGCAACAAGGGCUUUUUGGAUGUCUCAUUCUGACCUUUUGUCUUCAUUUGAGUUCUCUAUGUAUAAGAGUAAUCCCAUUUCUAUACACAUUCUUUUUGUUUUGUGAAGAUAUAGAAUUUUAACUUUAUUGCACUUGCUAUUUCCUUA